UCUGUCACAUUUAAUACAACGAUAUGAUUCCGUUAAUUUAGAAUUUUUGUUUACCUAUCUUUAAUUAUGUAGUUUCUAUUUAAUUAAAUCGUUUAUUUAUUGUUAAAUUAAUUUUGUGCAGUUAAAAAUGUUUAAGCAUUAUAAAGAUUUGUCUGACGUGGUGUCCCUUUUGGUGUACUGUCCCUCUGAGCGAUGUUACUUGUUUACUAAAGAGUCGAGUGGUGAAACAUGGUUACCUUCGAGUAAAUGCGAAAAAAACUGCUGGAAAAUGACCGCUCAUAAAAUUAAUUUUGAUCUGUUUGGCGUUGACGCCGGCACGACCUGCCAUCCGCUCCGAGUGUACAAGAUCUGGCUACCGAACCACGUGCUGCACUGUGUGUACCAUGCCGUAUACAAGGUGGCCGUCAAAUCGGACGUCAAGAAGAGGUUGAAGUACAAAGCUGGCAUGCGGAACCGACUACAGUGGCUGAAUGCGACGGAGCUGGAGCGGCAGCGAGCUCACUCCAAUCUCCGCAGUCCCGAAAUAGUAUUGUUCGCGCUCAUGGCCACAGGCGAGCUCAAAGAUCCUGAUAAGGAUCCGGAGAUUGAGUCCGGUGCGUUGAUCGAGAUUUGCGAAGAGAAUGUGGUUAUCACGACCGACGCGGCUGGAGGAGCCGUCGCCAUGAUGACACCCAACAUGCAACUGUUGCAAGCUGCCGGUUACAAUCGAGACGAUCAAAUCAGAAUGUAUCGCGAGUUCGUGCUGAUGGUGUUUCCCGCGGUUUACAUGAGCGUCAGUAUCUUCUCUCAGUUUAUGGUUGACCUCGGCUGGCAGAGGGCACAAUGCCAAAACCUCUUCAGAGCGGCAGACAUAACAGGUCGAGGAGGUUUAUCCUUUCUGGAGUUGAUGCUUUGGUCGGCUGCGCUGGAACCUGCCACUCAGCACAGCGGCGUGUCAGCUGAAAUACGAUGCAGAUAUAUCUUUAGGUACUUCGAUAACAAUCGGGAUAUGAAGUUGGAAUAUGUGGAGUUCAAGGAGCUAGUGGCAGCGGCCCGUGCUGCACGACAACUGCCCAUUGACGCUCUCAGUGUCGCUAAAGACGCUGACGUUUGCCUAAGGCAAUUAGGUAUGCAGCCAAACUCACAGCUGCCCCUAGCAGAAUUCCUCCGAGGAGUUGGCGAGCUGCGGUUGAGAGGCACCAGUUCCCUACUGCGGUCGCCAAGAAGUAUCUCGGCUUACGUCGUGGAUCUGCAUAUUUCACGAUUUUCAGAGAACGGGACAAACACACUCCAGCUACAACGUCAGCUGCAGCAAAAAUUUCUGCCGGAACUGGGUCGUCGACGGUGUGUCCGCGCUCGGGGUCGGAGGCGCGGGCGUCGGGCGGCGCGGGCGCGGGCGCGGGGGUGCGGCGCCCGCGCGACUACAGCGUCGCCGUCUACAGCGUGCGCAUGCGCCGCCGCCCGCCCAACGAGCUGCUUGAGCUCAGCAACUUCGAUGGCAUGUUCUUUUCAUUAUACACAAUCAUACAUGACACAUUUCCUGAAAAUAUCACAGCCGUUUAACAAUCCAAAUGUAGGCGCCUUUUGUUCAAAAUACACAGAGGACGCAGUCAGCCCGUCGACCGCGAAUCUCUUGAUGAACGCCGUGCAGUCGUUCGAUCUGCUCGGACCGAGUUGUAUGCCCGUAGAGGCGCUGGCUGCCGUGCACUACUUCGCCAGUACCAUUGAGAGACCGCACCAACGCCGGCCAUCGGGCGGCAGUUCCCUGAACAUGGUGAAGCAAGCAUGGGCGUGGAAUUCUCCCGCCGAGGAGGUGGCCCUGGGUUCGCUGCUGCUGCGGCUGGCAGAGGCCGUCAAGCCCAUCUGCGCUAGUGAGCCGCGGCUGCUGCGUCUCACCUCACCUGUAUACGCCGUGGGCGACCUGCACGGCAACCUGGGCGCGCUGCUGACGAUGGAGAGCGCGCUGUGGCCGGCGGGGUCGGCGCUGUCGGCGGCGCGGCUGCUGUUCCUGGGCGACUACGUGGACCGCGGCGCGCACGGCACGGAGCUCAUGGCCUACCUGCUGGCCGCCAAGCUGCAGCGCCCCGACGCCGUGCUCAUGGUGCGCGGCAACCACGAGACCAGGGACAUACAGAAGAUGUUCACUUUCUAUAACGAAUGCCUGAUAAAAUACGGAGAUCUCGAAGGCAAUAAAAUAUGGAAUGCAAUAAACAAUGUGUUCGACGUGCUCCCCUUGGCUGCCGUUAUUGAUGACAAAGUGUUCUGCUGUCACGGCGGCAUCCCGCCUCCGUGGGUGUGUCCGCUGAUAUCUGCCAUAGACAAGGUGCCGGUGCCUCUGACGCGGCCCGCCGAGCAGAGCUCCAUAGCCUGGGAACUGCUGUGGAAUGAUCCCAUCAAGCCGAACAAAAUGACGACGACCCUACAACUAGAACUGGCCUCCAACGAGGGCUUCGCUGCGAACACGAAGCGCGGCACGGGCCACGUGUUCGACCAGACAGCGCUCGACCGCUUCCUGCUCGCCAACCAGCUGUCACACGUGGUGCGGGCGCAUGAACUGCACCAGAAUGGAUUCAUGUGCCAACUCCGCGGGCGGCUGAUAUCGGUGUUCUCGUCGUACCACUACUGCGGCGGCACCAACGACUCGGGCGUGGCGCUGCUGGAGGGAGGCAAGCUGCGCCUCAUGCGCGUCAACACCGACUGAUGUCACCACCCGCCCCUGGGUCCCAUCGACCUCAUCAACUCAAUACGUGAAGAAUUUUGCCACUCAAAAUUCAUAAAUACAGAAUCCGUUUUAUACGUGGUAUGUAUUUUUUUUGUUGUACAUGAAUGAAAACACAAAAUGAU